AUGCUGUCGUUUGGGCAGCUGAAGAGUUUUGGCAUACUGCAGCAGGAGCUGCUGCGUGUCUACGAUUCCAACAUGGCGUUGACGGGGUGGAUAGUGGGAGUAGCCUACGCUCUCAUGUGCUCUAUGGGCGCGCUGAUGCGACCGCUGCCAGAAUCCGCCUGCCCGACGCCGCGUGAGAGCGCUGCUGUCGACACCGUCGUCAGAGCGCGUCGUCGGCCAGUUGUCGUCGUCGCGCGUGCCUCGUCGCCGGAGAGCCGCCGCAGGUUGGAUUCCGUGAGGGAGGGUGAGGUGGGGUUGCAAAGUGUCUACGGCUCGCUAGAGGUGUACGUGCGCAGCAUGUCAACCUUUGCCGAGCCCGCCGACGACAACGACGACAACGUCGUUACGUUUCCUUGGUACCUGUUCAAGGACGCUGCGUUCUUACUGCUUACGCUCUCCACCGUGCUGUUUCUCGUCACAUAUAUCAACAGCUACCAGCUGCUGCCGCUGAUCACCGACAAGGUAGGCGAUGGCAGGUUCAGUGGCGCCACCAUGAUUGGCUUCAUGAGCAUAGUAGACACGAUCAGUCGCGUGCUGUGGGGUUUCGUCUGGGACCACGAUGCUUUCCGUGCGCCAACAGUGCGGAUGAUAGGCACGGGGUCGUUGCUAGCGGUGAGCGGCGGUCUGGUGUUCGCCUGCAUCUUCAUCACAGUGAACGAGGUACUGGCCGGAUGGACGAUGGUCAUGGGUGUGUUGGUGGCCGGAGCUUUCUCCACCGUGGUCCCCAUCACGAUGGACAUUUGCGGACCUGCGCAAGUCGGCAACGGGUUCGCCAUAUUUAUGUUAUUUGAAGGAUUGUUGAUGAUGGUAGACCCACUAUUGAUAGGAUAUCUAAUCGAUAGAACGGGAACGGUGGACAGCGCCAUCUAUGUUCUCGGAGCGUCAUUUCUAGCAUCUGGAAUCUUCAUCAGUGUGAUUCCUCUGGUGCGACAGUGGCGCGGCCUGGUGACGGAUAUAUCUCCGCAAACUGUUGCGACAUUCGAAAAUUACGAUGUCGGCUUCCAAAGCAAGACGACACACGUACUAAAGAAGCGAGCGAAAAAUCCAUCGAGAAAAAAUCUCGGCGUUGACGUCUGAUGACUUAUU